AUAGAAGUAGAAGUGUAUAUCGUUUCAACGCGUGCUUUUGUAAUAAACAUCGAAUCAAAGUUGUCAAUUUAAUUAUUAUAAACAUUGGAUUAACGAUGUCAUUAAGAGGCAACUAUUACGGCAUGGGCCGGCAAGUCAUUUCGAGGGGCAAUGACAGGAACGCUGAGUGCAGCUGCUGGAUCAGCAACAAUAACAUUGCCAUCCGCGCCAGUUGUAGGUGCAACCCUUUUUACUGUAACGGCGACUGCAGAUUCUGCUAUUGCGACCUACGAAUUCAACACUGAUGGAAACCCUGACACCACAGGGGCCGUUGUGAAGUCAGGGACUGCAGCUGUAGUUACGCUUGCUAAGGCAAUCAAUUAUCCUACCGUUAAGCAAGUGAUCUUUCAAGUCAAAGCCUCUGACUCUACAGCCGGCACCGCAGCAACAGGAAUCAUGACUGUGACUGUCAACUUUGGUCCAUCGGCUGACUCUGCCUACUCAUUCUGCGUUGCCGAUCCGACAGCGUCAGGGACAGUCAUUGGUAAACCCACUUCGGCUGUUUCCACUGCUUCCUGGACAUUAACAACUGGCACAGAUUCCGCUAAAUUUUCAUUUGCGGAUGGGUCAAUUAAAACGGCAGCGAAACUUGAAUCAGCCGAUAAAACGUACUAUACCGCCGAGCUCACACUGACGGACGCAGGCGUCGCCACCACGUGGCCCUUGCACGUGCUCGUCGACAACAGUUGCGUUAACAGCGGAGUAGCGCAGAUCGUUUCUGGUUUGGUAAUGAUCCUGAUGACAGUCCUGGCGAUACAUGUGGUCUAACUAUCAACGAAAAACGUACAAGAAAGCUGUGAUUUCAUGUGUUUGACUGUCUUUUCUUAAAAACAAAACUACCCUUACACUUAUUUAUUUAUUACUAUUUAUGAAUUGAUACUGUAUUGUUUUAUAUAUUAGUAUUUACAAAGUUACCUUUAUAUAAAUAAAAUCCUAAAAACUGAACAAUAAUGUGGUAAAAAUCAAAAUAUUGUAUUUAAGUUCGCGCUAUCGUUAAAACAAUUAUUCAUUUUAAAGCAUUAUUAUAGUUCUUCAAACAGUUUCGAACAAGUAUUGAAGUGUAUCUGAGUGUUUUUGAAUUGUUAAACUACCAUGUUGUUUGUUUUUUUUCUUAGUUUUCGCCAUGAAUUUCCAUCCGAAACAGUAACUGUUUUGCUGGAAAUGAAUUUACGGAAACUGUCGUGAUAAAUCUGUUAUCUGUUUUGCUGAAUUUCUUGAG